UCACACGGGCUGCCCUGCGAAAACAUUGAACGAACCCUCCGGUUCCUCCUGCAUGACGCACGGAGCCCGGCCAGCCAGCCAGUCCGCUCAGUUCAGUUCAGUUCAGUUCAGCUCAGCUCGGCACAGUCCAGAGCAACAUGCAGGAUGGCGAGUGUGGAGACAGCCGCCGAACACGAACGGAUCCUGCGGGAGAUUGAAAGCACAGACACCAACUGUAUCGGGCCGACCCUCCGGUCGGUGUACGAUGGUCGGGAACAUGGCCUCUUCAUGGAGAAGCUGGACGUGCGGAUCAGGAACCACGACCGCGAGAUCGAGAAGAUGUGUAACCACCACUUCCAGGGCUUCGUCGACUCCAUCACAGAGCUGCUCAAAGUACGAGGGGAGGCGCAGAAACUGAAGAGUCAAGUGACUGAGACCAACAGGCGUCUUCAGGAUGAUGGCAAAGAGCUCAUGGGCUCCAUGGAGGAGCUGCAGCUGUGUCGAGUGCAGCAGAGAAACAUCGCUACCACCAUAGACAAACUCACACACUGCUUACCAGUCCUGGAGAUGUACAGCAGACUUCAGGAGCAGAUGAGGGCCAAAAGGUACUACCCCGCGCUGCGGACGUUGGAGCAGCUGGAGCACACGUGUCUUCCCAGGGCGGGUCAGUACCGCUUCUGCUCCAUCAUGGCGGAGAACAUCCCCAAACUGAGGACGCAGAUCCGGGACACGGCGAUGACGCAGCUGAGAGACUUCCUGGAGAGCAUCCGGAAACACUCCGACAAGAUAGGAGAGACCGCCAUCAAGCAGGCGCAGCUGCAGCGCUCCCUGGACAGCUCAGUCUCAACACAGCCAAGGGCCCUGAUUGGCCGACGCAGCCGAAAGGAGGCAGCGACGACAGACGGCGGCGGGCAUGGGGGCAGUCCGGUGUCGGAACAGGACUCAGGCAUUCUGGAUGUGGAGGAUGAAGAGGAGGACGAUGAAGUCCCAGGAGCUCAGGACUUGGUGGAUUUCUCUCCAGUUUACCGCUGUCUGCAUAUCUACACCGUGCUGGGUUUGCGUGAUGUGUUUGAGAACUACUACAGAAAGCAGAGGAGGAAACAGGCUCGCCUUGUUCUGCAGCCCCACUCUAACAUGCAUGAAACUCUGGAGGGAUACAGGCAGUACUUCAAUCAGAUUGUCGGCUUCUUUGUCGUGGAGGAUCACGUCCUUCACACCACACAGGGUUUGGUCAACAGAGCGUACGUGGAGGAGCUUUGGGAGUUGGCGCUGUCCAAACUCAUCGCCGCCCUGAGGACGCACUCCUCGUACUGUGACAACCCUGACCUGGUGCUGGAUCUGAAGAACCUCAUUGUCCUGUUUGCUGAUACACUGCAGGGUUACGGUUUCCCAGUGUCGCAGCUGUUUGACAUGCUGCUGGAGAUGAGGGAGCAGUACGGAGAAAUCCUGCUCAAGAAAUGGAACGUCACCUUCAGGCAGGUGUUGGACCAGGACAACUUCAGCCCAAUCCCAGUCUCAAACGAGCAGGAGUACAAACACUACACUUCGCAGUUUCCCCUGCAAGACCCCGAACUGGACAAGAUUCCCUUCCCCAAGAAGCUUCCCUUCUCCGAGUUUGUGCCAAAAGUCUACUGCCAGCUCAAAGAGUUCAUCUACGCGUGUCUGAAAUACUCGGAAGACCUGCAUCUCAGUUCCACGGAGGUAGACGAUAUGAUCCGCAAGUCGACAAAUGUGUUGUUGACCAGAACCCUCAGCCACUGUCUGCACUAUGCCAUUAAGAAGAAGAAUGUCGGGCUGGCAGAGUUGGUGCAGGUGAUCAUAAACACCACCCACCUGGAGCAGUGCUGCCACUUCCUGGAGGAGUUCAUAUCAAACAUCACAAAUGUUCCGCCUGACACGGCAAAUGCUACCAAGCUGUACGGGACCUCCACCUUUAAGGACGCUCGCCACGCGGCGGAGGAGGAGAUCUACACCAACCUGAAUGCCAAGAUCGACCAGUUCCUGCAGCUGGCUGAUUACGAUUGGAUGGCCGCGGGGCAAGGAGGCGGGACCCUGGAAGCCAGCGACUACCUGGUGGACCUGAUCGCAUUCCUGAAGAGCACCUUCAGUGUCUUCACCAACCUGCCGGGAACGCCCGUAGAACACGCUACCUUACCGGGUAAAGUGGCCCAGACAGCCUGCAUGUCAGCCUGUAAACACAUCUCCACCUCCCUGAUGCAGCUCCUGCUCGACCCGGAGGUCAGGCAGAUCUCCGUAGGAGCGCUGCACCAGCUCAACACCGACGUAAAGGAGUGCGAGGGUUUUGCCAGAGCCGGCCCGGUCGCAGGCUUCCAGGGUGACACGUUGCUUCUGGCCUUCAGUGACUUGAGACAAUUACUGGAACUGUUCACCCAGUGGGAUUGGACGACCUACCUGGCUGACUACGGAAAACCAACCUGCAAAUACCUGAGAGUCAGCCCGCACACGGCACUGGCCCUGCUGGAGAAGUUAUUUAAGCCGAUGAGGGAGACGAGCAGAAAAAACAACGUCUUUGCCCAGUUCAGGAAGACGGACCGAGACAGGCAGAAACUCAUCGACACCAUCAUCAAACAGCUACGCAACCUCAUCGCACAGCACCACGCCUAGAGCGCGCCGCCUGAUUGCAUCUUCAAUCGGCUGAAUUCAACCAUCCGCGGCCCCGAUUAAAAAGCAGACUCCCAUCGAUCGGUUUUCAACCCUGCAACCGUUGGCGGAUCCAUGCACCUUAACUUCGCUGGACGCCACUGAACGUCCCACAACCGCAGCCGGUUCCUAUUGGUCAUCUUCAACGCCCAACAACAACAACCAGUGUAAACCUGCAACAAGCUCAUUGGAUAACAAGGCCAUUGGUUAAUCUAAGCCACUGUUUUCCGGACUACCAAGCAGACAAGAAGAGAAAGAAGCUCUCCGUUAUCUUAUCGGUCUAUUUGUGAGAUUUGUGACCUGUGGAGAUCAAGAAAAGUAGAGCAAAUAAUAGUAGAACAACAAUGAAUUACGUAGUACCAGCCAAGAAAAAAGCCAAAAAAAUGACAACAGUGAGGAAGACCCAUUUGUAGGUGUACAGGGUGGGAACAUGUUAAUUUUGGCUGUGAGGAACACUAGAUUCCUAGAAUCUAUGAUGUUUCUUUUUUUUUUUUUUUUUUUUUUUUUUUGUAGGACCUCCGUUUUGAUAGAUUUUAUUCUUUGUACCACAAUCUUCCCAUUUCCCUUUCCUAAAAUCUAAGUGGCUGGUUAGGCAGUCUGCUCUCAACCUCCUUUUUAUUUAGUUUCUCCUGGCCCCCAGACGACUUUUAAUGUCUUCCACAUUGCUCUCCUCCACUGUGGCACAAUGACAGAAUGUAUUUGAAUGUACAUCAGAGAGGAUGAUUUUCAUAUUACAGCUAGAAAAGCACUGAAAUCAACAUUAGGUCUGGUGGGGGGUGGGGGGAUAGAUAUUAGUGACAAAUGAACAAUGUUCUUCCAGUAUUGUCUAAUAAAGGUGGAUAUGCACGCAACAUGGCAACCUUUUCCCCUCUUAAUACACAACCUGUGAACACUUGAAUGCUCAGAUCCGAUAACCGUAUCCCCUAUUCUUAGCGCCUGAAAGCACAGCGAGUGGGGGGGAUGUUGUCUAAACAUGGCAACCCAUUUCUCCACUUUCAUUACCCUGUUGCCCAAGCUUUUUCUACUCUUCAUGUAUAAAUAACUGGGUCUUAAGGAAGGGGCAUAAUGCCUCAAUCUGGCAACUGCCAUAAAGUAUAUAGUUUUGUCUGCCUAGUUGCCUAGAAAGAGACUAAUUUGUAUAGAAAGCAUUGUACUAAUGCCAAGCACACACACUUUUAUGUCUUCCAUAAAACAUAUGCCAAGCUGUGUGUGUGUGUGUGUGUGUGUGUGUGUGUGUGUGUGUGUUCUUUGGCGACUUGUACACACAAAGGUUUGUUUAGAAGCACAGCACAUAAUGACAUUCACACUAGAUCAUUUUUCGAAGCUAAUAUGGGUCUCUCUUUUUGCUCUUUGUGUUUCUUUUUGAACUCGGGUGCAAUAACAGCAUUGGAAACUACAGCAUUUUGGGUGUUUGUGUGUGUGUUAAUCGUGGCGCUUUAUAAAGGGACACAAACCCACAGGCCCCGUCAGAAGGGAAUAUUUUAAGUCUUCCGCUUCCUUUUCGAUCAUUUGCCAUGUUUGAUUUACUGAGCGACAUCACGUGUGUUUGUGUUCACUCGUGCAUGCCGGGCACUGUGAAAUUGUGCGCAUUUAUGUAUUUGUGUGUGUUAUUCAUCCAUCCUUAGCUGUGUAUCAUUUGUAAGUGUUAGUAAAGGGAAUGGGGCCGUCGUUACUGAAUGUGCCUUUGCUGUAUUUGGUGUUUAUUUUCCUGCCAAUAAAGCAGCAACACCGGUGUUUGGAGGCUGGACGCUGACCGUUAAUGAACUGUCGCGAGGUCUGAAAAUUUAAAGUCUUAACUCAAACUCUAUUUACUAGCUUCAUCCAGAGUUUUCAACCUCAUCUCACACGUUGCUGGAGGUCUAUUUGUUACUUUACCUUUUCUGUGACAUAAAUGAAAAUGCUACGCGCUGUUAUUAGCUUUUUUUUUCAAGUAGUAGUCUGUAGUAACGCACAUUUUUAGACUGGAAAUAAUGACUGAUCAACGGCUCGUCAUAAUUUACGACCUGAAAUGUCUAUUUUUUUUUUUUUUUUAGACAUGUUUUCUUGUAAAAGUAAGCUCUGUAUCUCGUAAUUUACAAGGAACCAGUCCCAUAAUUUAGUUUCUUUUUUUUCUCGGAACUAAUAAAUCUCAAUCUUGAGGGAAAAAGCUCACGCAAAUGCACUGCACAUUUGUUAAGAAAGAUUGAGACACAUUUAAACAUAGUCACAUCUGGGUUAUUUGAUCUGUUUCAGUUUGUAGAAAUAACAAGUAGUUUUGUAAAUAGUCUCAUUCAGAUAUUUUAGUUUUAGUUGUGUAGUUGUCCAAGAUCCUGCCGUCUGAAUUGCCCAUUGCCUUAUUUUUGAACACAGUGGCAGUAAUGAGCAAAGUAACAGAACUUUUCGAUGCACCACGCUAACAUUGCUAGUCCUGCGUGUUCGUCCGUGUCCAGAGUCCUCACGCUGCACGUGUUGCUGCUACUUGUUUUGUAUUUUGAAAGCAGAAAUCUUUACUGAGACAGAAGCACUGUACACACUAUUGUAUUCAACCACUAACGAAUGAAAAUAAAGUCCAAUACUAAUAGUUGCGACAAAUAUUAAAUAAAUGUAAAACUGUUGAGAA